GUGCGUUUUUGAGAGACUUGUGAGUGUUGGAGAUUCUCUUUUUCCUCUGCAAAGAAAGUAAUUGUGUGGCGAAAAGCGAGCGUGUGGUCGACAGAACGCGAGCGCUGUGGUUUAUCCGUGAAUAGCUAAGAAAAACAUUUAGCCACUAGCAACGGGGACCGUAGGUAACCAACAACGCAGCAAGUUCCCCGUAGCUGGGAAGCGAGAGAAGCCGCAAAAUCAGGCCGACAGUUAGCGAAUCCAGCACACUCCGCCGUAGCGAUACUUCUUCCUUGCGAUAACCAUCACAGACGGCUGCUGAUGUCCCCUGUCAGCGCCAAACUGUGAAGUUCGCAAAUAUAUAUAUUUAUAUAUAUAUACGUAGUGUAUUACUUGUUGCUUGUCUGACGCAUUCCAUUCCCCUUCACGACGGAACGAUAUUAUUGGUCCGCGUGAAGCUAUUCUAGACGUUUAAGAAGUAAUCCAUAUCGUUCGUAAGGAAAAAGAUAAGAGUUGCAAAGGCAAAAGUGUGACAUUGUGGCGGUGUGUUUAUUGGUGUGCUUCGAAAGUAAUAGUGACCCCCGCAGAAGAGAACCCGAGUGUGCGGGAAACAACAAAAGAAUCGUACCGUGAAAGCAGUUCUUAAGAAAGAGCAAGGGCAAAAGCUAAACAACAAUUAAACAACAAAAUGGGUAACGUAUUCGCUAACCUGUUCAAGGGAUUGUUCGGCAAAAAGGAGAUGAGAAUCCUGAUGGUCGGAUUGGAUGCUGCCGGUAAAACUACGAUCCUGUAUAAAUUAAAAUUAGGUGAAAUUGUUACAACGAUUCCUACUAUUGGUUUCAACGUGGAGACUGUAGAAUAUAAAAACAUUAGUUUUACAGUAUGGGACGUUGGCGGUCAGGAUAAGAUCCGGCCCCUGUGGAGGCAUUACUUCCAGAACACACAAGGACUUAUCUUCGUCGUCGAUAGUAACGACAGAGAACGUAUUGGCGAGGCACGGGAAGAACUGAUGCGAAUGCUGGCCGAAGAUGAGCUCAGAGAUGCUGUUCUGCUGAUAUUUGCCAACAAACAGGAUCUACCAAACGCAAUGAAUGCAGCAGAAAUCACCGACAAGCUAGGUCUGCACUCGCUAAGAAACCGCAACUGGUACAUUCAGGCAACGUGCGCAACGAGCGGCGACGGUCUGUACGAGGGACUCGACUGGCUCUCCAAUCAGCUGAAAAAUGCCAAUCGCUAAAACAUCAGCAGCAGCAGCAGUAGGUCAUUGCGCAUCCUCACCACGGUGGGUCUUGGCCGCCUCAACAUCAUUGCAAAGAAACAAAAACAUCCAUAUUUUGAGACGGGACUCCGCUGUCGUUCUUUGAGUGGGUAGAGUGGCGCAAAUGGGUAGGUGUAAGAGGACAGGAAACAGUGGAAUGGAAUGGUGCAUCAUAAUCGAUCGGCGUGUGUGGGUUGGUUGGUGAAUGAAGUAGUAGCUAAGGCAUAUAGGCGGAAAACACUAGCAGCUAUGUUUGCGAAUCGCGGUUCUAGAAUGUCAGUGUUGCUCUGCUCAGCCAAUAAUUGGCCGAAAGUAUUUCUAGCACGCGCAAAAGACGCUUCUUUGCGCGCUUGGAAUCGAAAUGGAGGAAUAAAUAGAUUAUGCUCAGGAGCAAAGAUUGAACACGACCAUCAUAAAAGGAAAGGACAAGAAGGAUUGCGACACCGACGGGGGGUAUACACCGAAACACACGGACGGACGUUCACUUUCGUACUUCGGACUGAACAAUACAGAGCAAAAUACAGUGGGAGGCCAGCAAAACACGUGUUAAAGAUAAUGAUAAUAAAGAUUAAGCCGCAGGGCAGAUGGGAGCAGCAAUGGCAAGGACAAACAAAAUCAUCCACACGGAACACAACCUACCAUCAAGAUUAAGGCAUGUAAAAUAGUAGCAGACGAACGAAGAACGCUCUUGGAAAGAUGCAUGCACAUUGUUAGUGGCGCGACACCGGCUUAAGUGCGCCCCUAGAGGCCCGGGCUGGAUGACAGGACAAAGAGAGAAACCCGCAUCACUGUUAUCUAAAGAAGGAUGCACCGAGAAGCCUUCCUCGAACGGGCGAGCGAUGUAGACGAUGUGGUGUGGUAUGCGAAAGGACAUUAAUUUUUGUCUCUAAAUGUAUAUUUAUCCUCAAACCUUCGUUUAAUUCCGAUCUGGGCUCCCCACAUACACACAACAAACAUCUAGAGCACAUCAAAAUAAAGUCGCACCCCGCAAAACACUCCCCAUUCAUCCCCGACGGCGACCGUGCCCAGGGAAACUCCGAUGAAUAGAACGACAGAUAAAUAGAGACCUACCAUAGCGGAAACAUCAUGUAAUGCAAAACAUUAAUGUUGUGAACGUGUGUUUCCCUUUUUUAAGCUUUUGUUGCUUCAUGUUAGACAGAAUCCGAAAUGUCCCAUGGAAGCAAUUGAUCAUGGCAGUUCUAGCGCUCUAGUUCCACCUUAUCAUACCCCCUUUCACACACGGUGGUGCACCUUAGCAUAAUUCCACUUACAGUGUUGCACCAUUUAUUCCGUUCUUUGCGUGCCCUACGUCCUUUCGACAAUAUUUGCCGCCCACAAAGAGGACACGUUUGCCUCAGGAGAAGAACGCAACAGCAUCUCGAGGCGCGCGAUGCAAGUUAACGACAGACGCGACAACACACUUACACGUGACCAAAAACGCAACGUACACGACAUGCCAACGGACGAGGACGAGAGCCCCCGGGGGCAGGCAGGCGCAGGAAGUGAGGAAAAAUAUAUAUGUAUAAUUACAGAUAACGAGACAAAAUGUUAGGUAAACAAAAAACUAUAAUGAAGGAAAAUUGCAAACAGAAAUAAACGCCGAACACCUUGAGGCAUGAACACAAAGAGGGACACUCGUUUAACCCGUGGAUUGCUGCAGAUCGCGACCUACACACAUUGGAGAGGACGCUCCUCUUUCAUAAACA